AUGAGCGACACGGGCGGCGGCCACCGCGCGUCGGCCAAGGCCCUCGUCAACGCGCUGGACGAGCUCUACCCGGGCCGCGUCGAGGCGGACAUCGUCGACAUCUGGACGGACCACUCGUGCUGGCCGUACUCGAACUUUGUGCCGUGGUACCAGAUCGCGGCGAAGCGGACGUGGAUCUGGCGCAUCAUCUGGUACUACGGCCGCUUCUACCCGAGCCGCAAGCUCCAGGAGCUGACGAGCCGCUGGCAGUGCUUCGAGAAGUUCCGCGACUGCAUCUCGCAUCACGCGCCGGACAUGGUCGUGUCCGUGCACCCGCUCUGCCAGGACAUCCCGCUCCGGGCGCUCGAGGAGCUGGACGGCGGGUCGCGCACGACGCCCUUCGUCACGGUCGUCACCGACCUGGGCUCCGCGCACAACACGUGGUUCCACAAGCGCGCGGACUACACGUUCGUGCCGAGCGACGCGCUCUACGAGAUGGGGAGCCGCUGCGGCCUGGACGAGUCGAAGCUGCGGCUCCGCGGGUUGCCGCUGCGCGAGGGCUUCUGGACGGCCGAGAGCCGGUCCAAGGAGGAGGUGCGCGCGGCGCUGGGGCUGGAGGGCGGCCGGCCGACGGCGCUCGUCGUCGGCGGCGGCGACGGCGUCGGCGGCAUCGCCAAGGUCGCGAUCGCCUGCGGCGACGACCUCGGCGACGCCGGCGAGGAGGCGGGCCUCGUCGUCGUCUGCGGCAAGAACGAGGCCGUGAAGGCGGACCUCGAGGCGCGCGACUGGCCCCCGAACGUCAAGCCGACGAUCCUCGGCUUCGUGCAGAACAUGGACGAGUGGAUGGCGGCGGCGGACUGCAUCGUCACCAAGGCGGGGCCGGGCACCAUCGCCGAGGCGGCGACGCGGGGCCUGCCCUGCCUCCUGAGCUCGCACCUCCCGGGCCAGGAGUACGGCAACGUCAAGUUCGUCGAGGGCAACGGCUUCGGCGCCUUCGUCAAGAAGCCCAAGAAGAUCGCCGAGACGCUCACGCGCUGGCUCACGCGGGCCGGCGAGCGCGAGGCCAUGCAGAAGGAGGCGCUCCGCGCCGCGCGGCCGAACGCGACGCUCGACAUCGCGCGCGACAUCGGCGGCCUCCUCUUCGACGGCAAGGCGCCCGAGCCCUAG